CACCUAUGGCAACGAUGGACAUGGGAUUUUAGCUAAAUUCAUAAUUUUGCUUCCGAAUUUACACUUACUGCUUUUCGAUGAGCUUUCUAAAUCCCAAUCUAAAAUGUUGUGCAAAUUAGAAUUCAUUUCAUCUCAUGAAAGCUGGGAAGUUGUGCAACUUAGGCCAAAGAAGCCAAGAACUACUUUAUGUUUCACUCUCAAAAGCUUUAUCUUCAGCAACAAGUUCUAGACAGCUCUACAAACUCCACUCACUCAUAAUCACUUCUGGACUCGACCAAUCUAUCUUCUUCUCCGGCAAACUCAUCAGCAAGUAUGCCCAAUUCAAGGACCCAGUUGGUUCUUUAUCUGUCUUUCGACGUGUUUCGCCUCCUAACAGUGUUUAUCAGUGGAACUCAAUCAUUAGAGCACUGACCCAUAAUGGGUUGUUCUCUGAUGCUCUGGAAUUUUACUUCCAAAUGCGGAAUUUGGAGCUUAAACAAGAUACAUACACAUUUCCUUCGGUUAUCAAUGCUUGUGCCGGUUUGUCCGAUUUGGAUAUGGGUAGGAUUGUCCAUAAUCAUGUGUUGGAAAUGGGUUUUUGCUCAGAUUUGUAUAUUGGCAAUGCUUUAAUUGGUAUGUAUUCAAGAUUCAAUGAUUUGGAUAUGGCACGACAUGUGUUUGAUGAAAUGGCUAGUAGAGAUGUUGUUUCUUGGAAUAGUCUGAUUUCGGGGUAUAGUUCAAAUGGGUUUUGGGAGGAAGCAAUACAACUGUUUCACCAAUCAAGAAUGGUUGGUGUGAUUCCUGAUUCUUUCACUGUUUCAGGUGUUUUACCUGCAUGUGGAGAUUUGGUUGCUGUUGAAGAAGGUCAGAUAAUUCAUGGGUUGGUUGAAAAAAUGGGCAUUAAGAAAGAUGUCAUUGUAAGCAAUGGGCUUCUGUCUAUGUACUUCAAAUUUAAUAGAUUAACAGAUUGCAAGUUAAUUUUUUCUGAGAUGGUUGUCCGAGACACGGUUUCUUGGAACACUGUAAUUUGUGGGUACUCCCAAUCAGGCUUGUUCGAAGAGUCAAUCAAGUUGUUUUUGGAGAUGGAGGAUAAUUUUGAACCAGAUCUUUUAACUAUUGGUUCUGUCCUCCGUGCUUGUGGUCAAAUUGGUGACUUGGAGUUGGGAAAAUAUGUCCACGACUACAUGAUAAGGAAUGGGUAUGAAUGUGAUACCACAACAAGUAAUAUUCUUAUUAAUAUGUAUGCAAAGUGUGGUAAUUUGUUGGCAUCAAGGGAAGUUUUCGACAGAAUUAAAUUCAAGGAUUUGGUAUCAUGGAACUCAUUAAUCAGUGGUUAUAUUCAAAAUGAAUGUUUUGAAGAAGCAAUGAAACUUUUGAGUAAAAUGAAGGUGGAUCUAAGACCUGAUUCUGUCACGUAUGUGAUGUUAUUAUCUAUGUCUGGUCAAUUAGUAAGAAUACAUCAUGGGAAGGAAGUACAUUGUGAUAUUAUAAAAAUGGGAUUUGACUCAAGUCUGGUUGUGGGUAAUGCACUCAUUGAUAUGUAUGCUAAAUGUGGCAAAUUGGAGGAUUCAUUAAAACAAUUUGAAAACAUGAGAGAUCGUGAUAUUGUAACGUGGAAUUCAAUUAUUACUGCAUGUGUUCAUUCUGAGGAUUACAAUCAAGGAUUCAGAAUGAUCAGUAGAAUGAGAAUUGAGGGAAUGAUGCCAGAUCUGCCAACCAUGUUAGCUACCUUGCCUAUGUGUUCCUUUCUUGCUGCCAAACGGCAAGGGAUAGAGAUCCUCAUCUGCAUUUUCAAGUUACGGAUUCAAUCAGAUGUUCCGGUCGGGAAUGCACUAAUUGAAAUGUACUCAAAAUGUGGUAGCUUGAAGCAUUCACUCCUAGUAUUUGAGCAAAUGAAAAUGAAGGAUGUAGUGACAUGGACAGCAUUGAUCUCUGCAUAUGGAAUGUAUGGUGAAGGCAAGAAAGCUUUGAGAGCUUUCGAGGAGAUGGAAGCAACAGGUAUUGCUCCUGAUCGUAUUGCCUUUGUUGCCAUCAUAUUUGCAUGCAGCCACUCGGGUUUGGUAGAUGAAGGUCAGGCUUACUUUGACCAUAUGAAGAAAAAGUAUAGAAUUGAACCAAGGAUUGAACAUUAUGCUUGUGUAGUUGAUCUUCUAUCACGAUCUGGACUUUUAGCUGAAGCAGAGGAGUUCAUUCUUUCUAUGCCAUUGAAACCAGAUGCAAGUAUAUGGGGAACUUUACUUAGUGGUUGUCGAGCAAGCGGAAAUGUCAAGGUUGCGGAACGUGCUUCUCAACAUAUCAUUGAAUUAAAUUCAGAUAAUACUGGGUAUUAUGUGUUAGUGUCAAAUGUAUAUGCAGCCUUAGGAAAGUGGGAUAAAGUAAGAAUGAUACGAAAAUCCUUGAGAAAUAAAGGACUGAAAAAAGACCCUGGAUGUAGCUGGAUGGAGAUUCGAAAUAAGGUUUAUGUGUUUGGUACUGGGGAUAGGUUCUUCGAACAAUAUGAAGAGGUUAAUAGGUUAUUAGAGAUACUUGCUGGUUUAAUGGCCAAGGAAGGUUAUGUUGCUGAUUUGCAAUUUGCUUUGCAUGACGUUGAGGAGGAUGAGAAGAGAGACUUGCUUUGUGGCCAUAGUGAAAGGCUUGCGAUAGCAUUUGGAUUGUUAAACACAAAACCAGGAACACCUUUGCAAGUGAUGAAGAACCUUAGGGUUUGUGGGGAUUGCCACACUGUGACUAAGUAUAUAUCAAAGAUUGUGCAACGAGAAUUAUUAGUUAGAGAUGCUAAUCGUUUUCAUUUGUUCAAGGAUGGAACCUGUAGCUGUGGAGAUUACUGGUGAUGGAUUUCUUUGCUCAGUCAUGCCUUUGAUUGACUGCAGAUUAUCUCUGCACUAGAAAAAUUAAAGAAAUAUAUAUGUGCUAUAUGGGAUCUAUAACCAAUGGUUGAAGGUCAGACUGACUGGCUUGAUGCCAUGCUCAGUUUUGGUGGAUUUUUAUGACUAUUUUUUGUAUAAUUUUUUUGUUAUUUUUUCAAUCACAGGAAUGAUCAAAAGCAUCAGAUUCAAGCUAAUACUAAAUUUCAGUACAUCAUGUUGUGUCAAUCAUCUGGGGCAAGUUGAUCAGGGCAUGCGUAAGGCAUCAGUGACUCUACCUUAUCGUCACUGAAUUUUGCCCAAAAACGAGCUGUGGCUCUUUCAUAAGGAUCUUCAGGUAAUAAAGCAGUCUGCUUCCAUGUAUCCUCGAUGUAUUCAAGAAUUACAAGAGAUUCCGAGAUUGGUUUUCCAUUGUGCACGAGGACUGGAACUUUUUUGUAGACUGGAUUAUACUCCAGAAGUAGAGAGCCUUUGUGGGAAAGAUCCUCAAAUAUGGUUUCAUAUUCUAUGCCCUUAAGUUUCAAUGCCCAAACGAUUCUCAGAGCAAAUGGACUUGACCACGUCCUGAAAAGCUCGACUUCUGCCAUUUUUUCGUUUCUUUUGACAGGCAAAAUACUGAUAGCUGAGGUCUUUUAUACACUUCACAAAUUUUCGGGAUGCUUUUGAUCUCUGCCAAGUGUAAAUUGUACAGAAGUUAUGAAUAAAAACAUGCCGAUAUUAAGAUUCUUUUGUUUUGUCCUAGUUUCGAACAUAAGUUUCUACGUCGGCUGUGAAGUUAUUCUCUUUUGUAAUGAUUCUUGUUCGACAUACAUGCUUUGGCUUCUAUAUGAUUGGCUUUGUGAUCAGGACGGCAGGGUCUGGUAUUAACUUU